UGUCUAGUAGAGCACAUCACGGUCAAGUGACAGCCGCACAAACGGAUUCCUAACGUUAAUGAACUCAAUUUGUCAAUUCCAUUUCAUCUUUACUUAACUAAACCGCUACCUUAUCUAGUACUCGGAGCUCGUUGGGGUCAGUAUGAGGACGUCAACAAGAGGGUUAAACAUUGCUUUCUACAGUCUGGUACCCCAAUGUUUGCCAAGUCAACACCGAGCUGUGUAUAUUGCUGCGCAGAGAGGGUAUUCCUGCACACACACAGCAGAAGCCUUUCGACCACUAGAGGGAGUCAGAGUUCUAGAUCUGACAAGAGUGCUGGCUGGCCCCUUUGCCACUAUGAUCCUGGGGGACCUCGGGGCUGAGGUCAUCAAAGUAGAGAAACCAGGAGCUGGUGAUGACACAAGGGCCUGGGGACCCCCUUUUGUCAAUACCGAAAGCGCUUAUUUCCUCAGUGUUAACCGCAACAAAAAAAGCGUGGCGGUGGACCUGAAACACUCUAGAGGAGCCCAGGUCGUCCUGGAGCUGGCAGCAGUGUGUGAUGUGCUCGUGGAGAACUACCUCCCAGGGAAGCUCCAUCAGAUGGGUCUGGGAUACGAGCACCUGAAAGCAGCCAAUCCAAAGCUGGUCUACUGCUCCAUCUCAGGUUUUGGGCAGACAGGCCCUCAGUCCAAAAGCCCGGGCUAUGAUUCCAUUGCGUCUGCACUUUCUGGGAUGAUGCACAUCACUGGACCAGAGGAAGGUGAACCGGUGCGACCCGGCGUCGCCAUGACGGAUCUGGCAACCGGCCUGUACGCGCACGGAGCCAUCAUGGCUGCCCUGCUGCAGAGAUACAGGACGGGCAGAGGGGCACACAUCGACUGUAACCUGCUGUCCUCACAGGUGGCCUGUCUCAGCCAUAUAGCCUCCAACUAUCUGAAUGCAGGGAAGGAGGCGCAGCGCUGGGGGACAGCACAUGAGAGCAUCGUACCCUACCAGGGUUUCAAGACAAAAAACGGAUACAUCGUCGUAGCCGCCGGAAACGACAAGCAGUUUGUCAAAGUGUGUCACGUACUCCACCUGACAGAACUAACAGAGGACUCAAACUACCAAACCAACAAACUCAGAGUGAAACACAGAAAACCUCUGCUACACAUUCUAUCCCAGAGGUUCCUUGAGAUGGAUACAGCUGAUUGGCUGAGGGAGUUUGAGGGGUCAGGUGUUCCCGUUGGACCAAUCAACAGCAUACAGGAAGUGUUUUCAAGCCCUCAGUAGUUCUACAAAUGGAUGUUUGACAGCGGACGGACACCAUACACCAUGGGCUGGGCCAAUGUUCCAGUACGUGGAUGUAGGAUGGAUCCAUGUGUGAUUGGUGGAUGGAUGGAUAGAGGAGCAGGUGAGAUGGAUGGUUGGCUGACGAAUCUGGAGCGAUGGAUGAUUAAUCACCGGAUGGAUGGUCUAAUAGAUGUAUUGUGGAGGAGAAUGAGAGAUCCCGGACCAUCCAGCAUGGCCCACAAUGAGUUCUGGAGGGCUUGUUGUCCAGAAGGCUGGCCACCACAUUAGUCUGGCUCCCAAAGUCUUCCAUUGAUGUGGCCAGCAAGAGUAGAAUGUUAAAUAUGUGGGUAUGUGUAUGCGUGCGUGUUUGUGUGUUUGUUUAAUGUUUGUGUGUCUGUGUGUGUGAGAGAAUGUGCCUUGAGGACUACAGCUUUCUGCACCACCUGCCAUGGUUGUGCUAUAACGAUGAGUCAGUAUGUUUGUGUGCAUUUGACCUUGUAUGUGUUCGGACUGUCUGUGUCUGUUUAUCGGUUUGUGCGUGUGUGGGUGUGGCAUGUGCCUUUGUCUGUUUGGUAGCAUCUCUGCCCUUAUAUGUUUGAUUUUAAGAUUUUUUCUGGCCUAUUCUGUGACAGAAAAUAUAAAGACAAAAAUAGAAAUGUUUAAUUCUACAGAAUAAUUGGCACCUUCUUGAAAAUAAAUGAGCAAUUAUGUCCAAUGUUGUGUCAAUUUAUUAUAAAGCUCACUAUUUAGCCCUUGAUGGUCAUUCUUUUCUGACAGAAACAGGUAGAGG